UGGCAACACGCGGACCCACAUCCGCGAUUGGCUGAUCAUAACUACGUCAUAGCACAGCAGCUCAGUCCACGUCCACACAUCCUUUAAAGCUGUCGUCCGCACACACUCAAAGGGCCCUCAUCUAAUAAACCAUCGAACAACUCAAUUGCCACCUCUCUCACCUCUACCAACAACUUCACCUCGAAACAUCAACACCACACACAAUACCAUCAACAUGUUCCGUCAACAAAUCGCCCGCCAGGCCCGCCUCUUCAGCACCACACCCGUCGCGCGCAAGAGCCCCGUAGAAACUAUCAAGGAUGCUGCCAAGGCUGUCGACAGGACAAUCUCCGGUGCCGCUGUAAAGGGCAUUGAGAAGGGAGAGGAAGUCGCUGGCGCCGUCAAGGAAGCCACCCCCAACACCACCGGCGAGGCCAAGGGCCAGGCAAACGAGAUUGCCGGCGAGGCUAAGGGAAAGGCUCAAGAGCUCAAGGGCGAGGCCAAGGGCAAGGCCCAAGAGCUCAAGGGCGAGGCUAAGAGCAAGAUGUAAAGACGUCGACUGACAUCAGGGAUGACACAUAAUGAUAUAGAGGAGGCAUGCUUCGUUGCUAUAGCUGCACCGAACAAGAAGACACCUGCCUAAUCGUCACGGCAGAAUGAAUGAACUAAUGUUUCAAUGACGACAACAUUGCUCUCGUGGAUGGUGAUGCUAGG